AUGACAUACAAAUCCAAGUCCUGUUGUCAGAUACAGAUUUGUUUGGGAAUAGCUGAAGGCUGUUUUCAGGUUGUAGUCACUGGAGUUUUUAUUAUAACAUUAUUUUGGAGAAGAUAUAUAAUUCAGGUUGUUUCUGUUAUAGUUGUUGCCAUAGGAACAGGGACUGUCUGUGUGGUCAUAUCCAUACUUACAGGGACACACAUACUUAAGCCGCUUACCUCCCUUGAGUCAUGUGAUUACAGUAUAACUACCUCAAUUUGUUCAUGUUUGUCACCUUAUAAACGAGACAGUUUAGAAUUAGAAUAUUCUAAAACAGAUAAAACGAGAGUUAAUUUUGAGAGGACAUCCAGCUGUAAAGCUAUACAGGAAGUUUUACCGGCUUUGUUGUAUACAGAGAUAGGACUAUUUUUAGCUGUGUUAUGCUUGUGUGCUUUGACAGUAGUGUUAGCUUAUCUUGUUCUGAGGACAGAGAGGACGAGACUUAGACUUCUACAGGAGGAGACUUACGAUGAAAUAUUUACAGUAAGUGGUAGUUCUUCAGUAUCAGAAAGUGAUGAUGACAUUAUAGUAAACCAGACUGCAGUGAAUGACCUACACUCUGUGAUUGGUCAAAAUUCUGAACCAAUCAGUAGCUUCCCUAUUAGUAUUUUGAAAUCUACAGAUAGACAGAAUUCAUUGGAUAGUUCAAGAUCACAUGGGAAGUCAGUUGAUAGUGAGAGGUCUAAUGAAAUAUUAUUAAGAAAUUUGAAUCUUCCUGGAGUCAGGAGGUCAAGGUCAUGUGAUUCAUUGGAUGACAUUGAUAAAACAAGAAACCUUGACAGUAAUUUGAAACAACAGAAGGGUCAAGGAAAACUGAAGGAACAUAGGAAAAGGGGCAAAAGGGCAGUAACUCUUCAUAAUUUAGAUACAAAACAGUUAAUGCUUAUUUUAGAUUUGCAUAAAAAGUAUGCUGAAGAGACUGAAAUAUUGAAAUCUCAGGGAAAUCUAAACAAAGAGGAAAAACCAAAGUUUGAUAAUAGACGUGCUUUGACUCCCCAGCCAUAUGUUAAUAAACAAAAUACAAUACCAAAAAUUAUACGAUCUCAUACACCUCAACCAUACCAAAUAAAUCACAGUAACAGUUUUAAGAAAAAAGAAGGAGGAAAACAAUUCAAAGAGGAGAUAAAAGAAUUAUUUUUACAACAGAGUGAAAGGUUAAAGGCUGAUCUCGAAAAGGUCAAGGAUAAAGAUCCUGUCAAGAGUGGUUCGAAGUCAGUUCCAAGUCACAAACAAAUAAUAGAUGUUAAUUCUAAUUCAUUAAUUGAUCCUGUUUAUGGAAUAAAUAUGAAUAAACAACCAAGGUCACGACCUUCUGUGCAAAGUCAUUUUCUUCCCACAGAGCCUAUUCGAAGACAAAAUGCAGACAAGUUAAUGUUACCUCCCGAACCACUUACACGUCAGUCAAGUCAUGGAGAUACUUUACCUCCAAAGCCUCUUCAACGAGACGGAUCAGCAUUUUAUGUUGUUGGUAGUCAGUUGGACAUCAGUCAAAAUGCUAAGGGUCUAAAAACUCCUGGUGAAAUCCGAUGUGAAAAAGCAAUUCGGGAGAAUUUUAAAUUGUGCAAAAAAUCUGAUGAAAAUCCAUAUGCACCACCAAGGAAAGACUUAGGCUAUCAAAAACAAUGUGGUGAUAACAGACCAUCUCAAGAAGAACUUGUUAAUUGGAAAGGUCAGAGUUCGCCUGAAAUACUCCCACCUUAUCCACAUCCUCCAUCAUAUUCUGAUUUUGUAUCCAUAUCCCAGGACAGCUCGUCAGUUCGCACAGAUUCUCAGAGUGAUACAUGUACUUAUGAAACUAUGGAUCAAGGCAAAAGUGAAAGUAGCGAUGUUCCAAAUGAUAGUCGUGACAGACUUUUAACAGGUUCUAGUGAUGAUGAUGUGUUUGUAUCAGAAAGUCAGAAACCUCUUUACAAUCAGAGUGCUAAGAAAAGGAACAUGCCAAAAAUGGGAGUUUCUGCAGAGUUAAGGUUGCAGCCAAGAACAAAUUAUCAAACUCCAUUUCAUCAUUCAAAUCAUAAUCAUGUUUAUGAUUCAUCCAAUCCAUAUCACUCCCCAUCAUCAGUCAUGAAACCCAAUUGUGUUCAAGUAGGUAAUGUAUAUCAUACAUCAGCAAACAUUUAUCAUACUCCUCAGGAAAUGCCAUAUCGUGUUCCAAGAACUCCUUUGCAAAAUUAUCACAGAUUUCAGGAUUCCCCAUACAUUCAGCCAAAUACAGGAAAUUUUCAUUACUAUGAGGAAAUUGAUAAUAUUGAGACAAGCUUUAUGUAUUCAGAAGACAUGUUACCUUCUAACAGUAGCACAAGUAGUCAAGCAGCUUUGUUUCCUAGCAACAACCUGACCAAUAAGGAGAAAGGAUUAAAACCGUAUAGACCAAUCACAACAGUCGAUGCUAAUGGUGAAGCAUUGGAGACAAUGAUAUAGAUUGAUUUUGUGUGUGAUUGUUUUAUUUUUAUGAUCGCCCUUUGCUACCUCGAGCAAGGAGCAUAUAAGCUUAAGUUAACAGUAGACUGUUCAUCAUCCCAAUUUGCUCAUUUUUACUCAUUUUUCGAAAUAUCAGUUAUCAGUGGUAAUAUUAAAAUCCUAAAAUUAUUCUUUAUUAGAAAAUGCAGUCAACAUGACAAUAUAAAAAUAAGGAGAUGUGGUAUGAUUGCCAAUGAGACAACUAUCGAUCCAAGUUUAAAUGAAGUGGAUGUAUUCAUUUUACACUUCACUGAUUGAUUUUAAGCUUUGCAUUAGGGUAUGACAAUUGGAUAUUUGGGAAGGGAGGCAGGACUACUCAAAUGAUACAAAAAAGCUAUUCCUUGAGAAAAAAAAAUUGGAAAAGCAUUAAAAUGUUUUAGUGUCUGUGAUCAAACUUACGUUCGGUGAUCAAAAUUAGGGUUGGUUUGGAGACGGGAAACAGACAUAUGUUUUUUUUGCCCUUUGAUAGCAUGGAUAGUAAAAAGAAUGGUUAGACAUCAGAAUGUAAUUAAUCACCUUCAAUGGCCAUCAAUCACCAUAUUUCACAGUGAAUCAACACCAGCAAGUGUGAUUUUUCACUGAAUCAUUUUGUUUUUCCUGUCAUGACUUUUGUAUGAAUCUUCUUAUAAAAAUAAGGAGAUGAGGUAUGAUUGCCAAUAAGACAACUAUCCACAAAAGUUCAAAUAAAGUGGAUGUAAGCAAUUAUGGGUAACCGUAUGGCCUUCAACAAUGAGAAAAUUAUACUAUGACUCUUUGAGUUACUAUUACUAAUUUAUGCCUUCAGGUCAAUUUCUUGAUGGCAUUUGUGUUAAGGAGACAUGCUUUUUUAUCAUAUUUAUUAUAUAUUUAAACACAAAAUGCAUGUGUUUUUUUUUUAAUUUCAAAAUAUGGAAGUUUUUACCUAUUUUCAAUACUGUACAAUACUCAUGAUACUGGGGAAUAUUGAUUGUAAUUAUGCAGAAAUUACGUACUUCAGAUGUUUAUUCAAUAAGAUAAAAUAUAGAAAAAAAUUUGUCAGGACUUUCAUUGACUUUAUUAAUACAAAUGCCAUGGAAGUACAUCUUUAAGUUUCUUCUGAAUGAACUUUGAAAUUGAUAGUUAGCAUAUGCAUAAAACAUGUAAAAGGGAAGAGAUAUGAUGAGUCAACAAUUGACAAAGUGCUGAGAUUACAAAAUAAGAAAAUUCUUCAUUCCUUUCAAUAUGCUGUAAAUUUUAUUGAUGAAUGAAUAUGAUGAUAUUACCAGGACAUUUCAAUGCAGAAAUAUCAGUUGUUUUGUAACCAUGAUAAUGAUGAUGUCAUAAACAUGUUUAAAUUUAUAUUUGACCUAAAAUGCCACUUUUACAUGUAAUUGCAAAUAUUUGCAACAUCUAUUUUAUCCACAUUUACCAUGUUUACAUCUUUUAAAUUUGUAUAACACAUACAUGACAUAGCUGAUAGCAAAAACUAUGAGACAAUGUUGUACUUUAUUGACAAAACAAAUUAAAACAAUUGUAACUAACUAUUUUAAAUAUUGGUAACUAGUUUUUGUCAAUUUUGGUAUUAGAAUAUUUUUUCUAAUUUAUAGCUUCACUUCAAUAUUUCUCUGUAACUGAAUUUAUUCAGAAUAAUAUGAUGUAUAUUUUCAUCUGUUUGGUGCAAGGUCAUUAUUGCCUAAUGAGUGUAUAAAUAUAAUGUAGAUACAUUUUUUCAUAUACAAGUCCUUCAAAGACUGCCCUUAUUUUAAUAAUGAAUAUUUAGGUUGAAUUUGUUCAACAUCAUGAGUCCACCAAUGUUUUCAGCAGGUCAAAAAGUAUUUAAAAUGUCAUUGCUGCAUGUUCAACCCUCCUUUUACACAUUGCCUCUUUAAAAAUGUUUUUUGUUAGAUAAUGAAGAUUAAAAAAAUUUAGUCCCGUUCUAACUCUUUAAACAUGUUUACCUGGAAAAGUUGUGUGUUUGUUGUGAAUAUAAGCAUAACAUUAUUGAAAUUCUGAUUAAAUUCAUUUCCUGUUUAGUUCUUGUUCCGUAAGAAACCAAAACUGAAACAUGUGUCAUGAGCAUGGCCCCAACUGCAACAUAAUUUAUGUUUACUGUAAAUUCUAGAUCAGAAAGAUGGAACUCUUAAAUAUCAAGGUCAGAUAGACAUGAUAGAUUAAGAAUAUAAAUUCAUAAAAAGGAAUAACAGAACUCACCAAAAAUACUGCACAGUAUAACAUGGUACAAAAUAUCACAUCAACCACCAACACCUGUUUCCUUCCUAAAAGGAACCAUGGUCAGAUGAUGCAGAUUGAAGUUCUGCAAAUUCAGAAAUUAUUGUGAUUUUUUUAUUGAUGCCAAAAAUAUGACCUUAUCAGGUUUACAAAAAUAAAUACUAGCAUUUAUAAUUUCAGUCGUGAUUUUCCUUCACAAAAUUUUUGCAAUCACAUUAAUUAGAUCACGCAAAUACCAGUAAUCAGUGAUUUACAGUAAUAAAUGUAUACAUUAAUUUCUUAAUUUACACUUAUUAAACAAUUUUUUGGCAGUAAAUCUGUUUAUUUGUACUGAGCCCUCAGUGUUACAUAUUUUGUUUUGGAUUUUUCAAGAAACUAUUACUUAUAACAGACAAUACUGAAACUCUAUAUCACAAACAGCUCAUAAGUUACAUGAACAUAUCAUCAUGCAUAAUGAUAGUUGCAAUGUUUUAUGCCAAGUCUGGGUCCAUUGGUGGGCGUCGGGGCAACAAAACAAUAUUGUACAUGUAUAAAACCCAUUUCACAAGUUUGAAUUCCUACACAGGCGAUAUAGGUCUUCAGGUGUUGCUGAAGUAUUUGAUGUAGGUAUUUUUAUUUUUAUUUUUAUAAGGAAUUAUUUGUAAUAAUGAAAAAAUUAUUUUUACACAGUUUAUUGAUGUGUGACCUUGGAAUCGAUGGCCUUGGCCUUUCAGUCACUCAUUUUCUGAACAUGCAACAGAAAACUCUACGUUAAGUUUGUAAUUGAAGGCUGAGAUUGCACACCAGUAAAAAAGAAAAGAUACCAAGGGUGGAAUAAAAACAAAAGACGUCUCAAUGUUAUAUGAAUUAAAAGCCAAGUUUGUACAUCAUCAAACUCUCUGUAAAAAACGAUUAUGUUUACAAAUAGGAUAACAAAGAAUAGUAUGUGCAGCUUUUUAUAUUGUACUCUGUAUCAAUCAGAACUCCAACUUCGUGGUCAGCUUAAUUAAUGGUUCUGGUUGAUACAGGAAAAAAUAAUGGAUAUAAUAUUAUUCUGUUCAUGACAUGUAUCUCUAUUGUGUAUACUUGACAUGUGUUUAUUUUUUCAUAUACAUUUAUUCAUGAAAUGUUUUUGUUUGCAUAUUCAGUUUUUGACAAAUUUUAUACAUAAUGUAAACAAGAAACUUUUUUUUCAUAAAGAUUUCAUAUUUUAACAUGUUUAUGAAUCGUCACAAUUUUAAUUAUUUGUUGUUGAUAAUUGAGGACCAAUUGUUAAUUUAUUUGAUUUUUUAUAAUGAACUUUUAUAGUUACAUGAUUUAGAUAAUAAAACAAACUAAAAUUAAA